AUGGUCAACGUUCAGUUACACUGCCCGUCCACGAAGAAGACUGUCGAGGACUUCUAUAUCACACCAUUCCAAACUCUCGAGCAAGUUCUACCGAGUGUCCGGCUUGCCCUCAAUCUCAAGUACGCAAAGAUCUACACCGUCGAGGCCAAAUCGAUCACGGAACCGAGUACCCUUCAGGAGGACCAGCGGAUACUGGUAGCGGCCAGCGCCACGGAGGUUAUGCUACCCGAUUCGCCAUCCGAGUGGGUGUUGUACGACGGCGAGGAGGGCGACGAUGUGGACAUGAACGUUGAGUGUUACGGCCUUGGGUGGGAUGAAUUAUGUGAUCUCGACAAGUGUCUCCAUAUCACCAGCCUAAACAAACAGAAGCCUACAUCUCGGAACCGGAUGCGCAUCACACGCGAGUACGAGUCCGUCCAGGCCGACAUCGACGCCUUGGACUCUACGAACUCAACUUCUGCAAGUGUUGCCGAGGAUGAAGACCACAUCGAGAAGUGCUGGGGCGUCGCUGUCGAGCACUUCUUGCCUACAUCAAUGAAGCCUACCGCUUCCAAGUCCAGUUCGAAAUCGUGCGACUCUUCCACACUGGCGGUCCUAAGCAUCCUCGCGGGCUUCACCCAGGGUCAAUCUCGUCUCGUCUUAGGAGUCCUGGAAGAAGCGGUCGCUCUCCGAACCGAAGAAGAUCAAGGUGACGACAAGGAUCCCGCUUUGCAGAAGGAUGAUGUCAUCAACGCCAUUAUCCUCGUCUACGAAAAGGCUGAGAUCAUUGAGGCUAAGCUGAUCAAGAGCAAGGGGGUGAAAGGAAAGGGAAAGGGGAGGAGGCGGCCCUCGAAGGGCACUCCGAAGAAGCUUGGCGCUAUGUCGAGUUGA